CACCCCUAACCACCAGCACCAACGUCCGCGUCCACUCUUUUCUUUCUUCUCCCGGCUGGACGGGAGCGCAGGCGGCGGGGAGUCGGUGUAGCUCGGACGGCCCUUCGGAUGCUCGGCCGCGGGGAGGAGGGGGGAGAAGAAGAAGCUGCUGCUGCUGCUGCGGAUAUCCGUCUCGUACCUGCCUCUAAAACGGGGCUCUGCUCAUCGCCUCUGUGUCUCUUUUAUUCCCCCCUUCUUCUUCUUCCCCGCUGACCGUUUUGUGUGUGAGAGAGAAAAAGAGAGGCUGGUUUUGGUUUCGUAACGCGCUGCACCGGGUAGCAGCGCGGAAAGCGGGUGUUUUUUUUUCUUUAUUUUUCUAACCGAGGAUGCGGAUUUAACGGACAGACGUGAUCAGUGUCACCUGGGAUUUUUAACCGUUAAAAUUCGAAUUAGCGAAUUAGCCGCACGCCUCGGUUAGCCAAGGAAGAUAUUUUUUUUUGUACAUGUCUGCUCCAAUAUAGUGACACGACAGACGUAAUAUCGACUAGUUCUUUUACCAGAAGACAAAAUAACGGGUUGAAUGUGUUUUCCUCCUGCCUGGACACCAUGAGCACAAUCUCGCCAACAGACUUUGACAGCUUGGAGAUCCAGCAGCAGUAUAAUGACAUCAACAACCGCUGGGACCUGGCAGCAGAGACUGACUGGGAUAAUGAGAACAGUUCAGCACGCCUCUUUGAACGCUCACGCAUUAAGGCUCUUGCAGAUGAGCGUGAAGCGGUGCAGAAGAAAACCUUCACCAAAUGGGUAAACUCUCACUUAGGCCGAGUGACCUGUCGCAUUGGUGACUUGUACACUGACCUGCGGGAUGGCCGCAUGCUUAUCCGCCUGCUGGAAGUGCUCUCAGGAGAACAGCUGCCAAAACCAACAAAGGGCCGUAUGCGCAUCCACUGCCUGGAGAAUGUUGAUAAAGCCUUGCAGUUUCUCAAGGAACAAAAAGUCCAUCUAGAAAACAUGGGCUCACAUGACAUUGUGGACGGGAAUCACCGUCUUACACUGGGUCUCAUUUGGACCAUCAUUCUUCGCUUCCAGAUUCAGGACAUCAGUGUGGAGACGGAGGACAACAAAGAGAAAAAAUCAGCCAAAGAUGCCCUGCUGCUUUGGUGCCAAAUGAAAACUGCUGGAUACCCCAAUGUCAACAUCCACAACUUCACCACCAGCUGGAGAGAUGGCCUGGCGUUCAAUGCCAUCGUGCACAAACACAGACCUGACCUGAUUGAGUUUGACAACCUGAAGAGGUCCAAUGCUCACUACAAUCUCCAAAAUGCUUUCAAUGUGGCCGAGAAGGAACUGGGGCUGACCAAGCUGCUGGACCCAGAAGAUGUUAAUGUCGAUCAGCCUGAUGAAAAGUCCAUCAUCACCUAUGUGGCGACUUACUAUCAUUACUUCUCCAAGAUGAAAGCCCUGGCAGUGGAGGGCAAACGAAUUGGCAAGGUGCUGGACUAUGCUAUUGAGGCUGACCAGCUGAUAGAGAAGUAUGAGACCCUGGCCUCAGAGCUGCUACAGUGGAUCGAGCAGACCAUUGUAACGCUCAACGAUAGACAGCUAGCUAACUCACUGAGUGCUGUACAGAACCAGCUCCAGGCUUUCAACUCCUACAGGACAGUGGAAAAACCCCCAAAAUUUACAGAGAAAGGAAACUUGGAGGUUCUCCUCUUCACCAUCCAAAGCAAGAUGAGAGCAAACAAUCAGAAAGUCUACAUGCCAAGAGAGGGAAAACUCAUCUCUGACAUCAACAAGGCAUGGGAACGACUGGAAAAGGCAGAACACGAACGUGAGCUGGCGUUGAGAAAUGAGCUGAUUCGCCAGGAGAAGCUGGAGAUGCUCGCAGCCCGUUUUGACCGGAAGGCAGCUAUGCGGGAGACAUGGCUGAGCGAGAACCAGAGGCUGGUGUCUCAGGAUAAUUUUGGAACAGACUUGGGAGCAGUAGAAGCCGCCACCCGAAAACAUGAGGCUAUUGAGACAGACAUUGGGGCAUAUUGGGAGCGUGUGGCUGCUGUGGAGGCAGUCGCCAAAGAGCUGGAAGCAGAGGGUUAUCACGAUGUGCGGCGUAUACUUGCACGGCGGGAUAAUGUGCUUCGACUUUGGGAAUACCUAAAAGAGCUUCUGGCUGCACGCAGAGAGCGACUGAAUGCCCACCGUGACCUACAGAGACUGUUUCAAGAGAUGCGUUACAUCAUGGACUGGAUGGCAGAUGAGAAGGGCCGUCUGCAGUCUCAGGACAGUGGCAAACAUUUGCAUGAUGUGUUAGACCUGCUACAAAAACACACUCUGGUAGAGGCUGACAUUUCAGCUCAGGCUGAGAGGAUCAAGGCAGUGCAGGGAGCUGCAAAGCGCUUCACUUCCUAUGAACAGGCCUAUAAACCUUGUGAGCCUGGACUAGUUAGUGAGAAGGUUGACUUGCUGGGUCAAGCCUAUGAGGAGCUUGGUCAGCUUGCUGGACAACGCAGAGAGCGCCUAGAGGACUCACGUCGUCUGUGGCAGUUCAUGUGGGAUGUUGGAGAGGAGGCAGCCUGGAUCAGAGAGCAGGAGCAGAUCCUGGCUAGUGGAGACUGUGGCCGUGACCUCACUUCUGCCCUUCACCUACUCAGUAAACACGAGGCUUUCAGGGAUGAGAUGGCAGCCCGUUAUGGCCCCCUGAGUAACAGCAUUGCAGCUGGAGAAGCUUUGGUUAAAGAGGGACACUUUGGAGCCCCACAGGUCACUGAGAGGAUUCAAGACAUCCGUGCACAGUGGACUCAUUUGGAGGAGACAACAAAGCUCAGAGAGCAGAAUCUUAAGGAAGCUGUGGCCCUGAACCAGUUUCAAACAGAUGCCAAUGACAUGGAGGCAUGGAUUAUGGAGACACUUAGACAGGUGUCCAGUCAAGAGGUGGGCCAUGAUGAGUUUUCCACCCAGACACUAGCUCGCAAACAGAGGGAGAUAGAGGAGGAGAUCCAGAGCCACCACCCUCUCAUCGACUCCCUGCAUGAGCAGGCCCAAGCACUCCCACAGGCCUAUAUAGGCUUCCCUCAAGUGGAAGGUCGUCUACCUGCUAUUGAGCAGCGCUAUGAGGAACUGGAAUCUCUGUCAGCAGCUCGGCGUCAGGCUCUGGAAGGUGCCCUGGCCCUCUACCGCAUGUUCAGCGAAGCUGGUGCCUGCCAGCUCUGGGUGGAGGAAAAAGAGCAGUGGUUGCAUGCCAUGGAGAUCCCUACCAAACUCGAGGACUUAGAAGUUGUACAGCAGAGAUUUGAGACACUGGAACCUGAGAUGAACAACGUAGGUGCUCGUGUCACAGAUGUGAACCAGGUGGCAGAGCAGCUGCUCAGCUCUGACAGUUGUAACAAAGAUCAAAUCCACCAGACAAAAGACCAACUAAAUAACAGAUGGAAGGAGUUUGAACAACUGUCUGGUCAAAAGAAACAAGCUCUAGAGUCUGCCCUCAAUAUACAGAACUACCAUCUUGAAUGUAAUGAGAUCCAGACUUGGAUGAAAGAAAAGACCAAAGUGAUUGAAUCCACUCAGAGCCUGGGCAAUGACCUGGCUGGAGUGAUGGCACUUCAACGCAAACUCACUGGCAUGGAGAGGGACCUCGAGGCUAUCCAGGGCAAAUUGGAUGACCUGAGAAAUGAGGCAGAAAAGCUGGCCAAGGAACAUCCAGAUCAGGCUGGAGAGAUUCAAGGACGGCUGGCAGAGAUUCAAGAGGUGUGGGAGGAGUUGAACGCCACCAUGAAGCGACGAGAAGAGUCAUUGGGUGAAGCCAGCAAGCUACAGGGUUUCCUUAGGGAUCUGGACGACUUCCAGUCCUGGCUGUCCCGUACCCAGACAGCAGUGGCCUCAGAGGACAUUCCUACUUCUCUGCCUGAGGCUGAGAGUUUGCUAGCCCAGCACGAGAGUAUCAAGAAUGAGGUGGAUAACUAUAAGGAUGACUACGAGAAGAUGCGUGCAGUCGGUGAGGAGGUGACCCAGGGUCAGACAGAUGCCCAGCACAUGUUUCUGGCCCAGAGGCUCCAGGCAUUGGACACUGGCUGGCAUGAAUUGCGUCGCAUGUGGGAGAACCGCCACAGUCUUUUGGCCCAAGCCUUUGACUUCCAGACUUUCCUGAGAGAUGCGAAGCAGGCAGAAGCCUUCCUCAACAGCCAGGAGUACGUGCUGUCCCACACAGAGAUGCCCACCAGUCUUCAGGCAGCAGAGGAGGCCAUUAAGAAGCAUGAGGACUUCCUUACCACCACAGAAGCCAGUGAAGAGAAGAUAACUGGUGUGGUGGAGGCUGGAAGGCGCCUCAUUAAUGACUCUAAUGCAAACUCUGAUAAGAUCCAAGAAAAAGUGGAUUCAGUCCAAGAAAGGCACCUUAAGAAUAAGGAGGCUGCAAAUGAACUGUUGACCAAACUUAAGGAUAACCGUGAACUUCAGCACUUCCUCCAAGAUGGACAGGAGCUCACAUUGUGGAUCAAUGAGAAGAUGCUCACAGCUCAGGACAUGUCGUAUGACGAGGCCAGAAAUCUUCACAGCAAGUGGCAGAAACAUCAGGCCUUCAUGGCAGAGCUGGCUUCAAACAAAGACUGGCUUGACAAGAUUGAUAAGGAGGGUCAGGCGUUGGUGGCGGAGAAGCCUGAGCUGAAACCUGUUGUCCAGCAGACCCUGGAGGACCUGCAGCGUCAGUGGGAGGAGCUGGAAGGGACCACCCAAACCAAGGCUCAGUGCUUGUUUGAUGCUAACAGAGCAGAGCUCUUUACACAGAGCUGCUCUGCUCUGGAUGUCUGGCUGAAAAACCUUGAGGGUCAGCUGCACAGUGAUGACUAUGGAAAAGAUUUGACCAGUGUCAACAUCCUCCUCAAGAAACACCAGAUGCUGGAGCAUCAGAUGGAGGUCAGAGAGAAGGAGGUGCAGUCUCUGCAGUCUCAGGCUCUGGCUCUGUCCCAGGAAGAUGCUGGACUGGCUGAGGUAGAUGGUCAGCAAAGACGCGUCACUGACAACUUCUCCAACCUCCAGGAACCUCUCAAGCUGAGAAGACAGCGACUACUCGCCUCCAAAGAAGCACAUCAGUUCAACAGAGAUCUGGAAGAUGAAAUUCUAUGGGUGAAAGAGAGGAUGCCCCUGGCAACCUCUACAGACCAUGGAAAAGACCUGCCCACUGUACAGCUGCUAAUCAAGAAGAACCAGACACUGCAGAAGGAGAUCCAGGGCCAUCAGCCUCGCAUUGAUGAUAUCCACAGACGAGGCAAGACUCAGAGCCAGGUAGAUGGUGAGAGACAGUCUGUUCUAGAGGAGCGUCUUGUUGAGCUGAAGGACCUCUGGGACCAGCUGAUUGCAGAGACAGACAAGCGUCAUGCCCGUCUAAUAGAGGCCAAUCGCGCCCAGCAGUUCUAUGCUGAUGCAGCAGAAGCUGAGGCCUGGAUGGGAGAACAAGAGUUGCACAUGAUGUCAGAAGAAAAAGCCAAGGAUGAGCAAAGUGCUCUAGUGAUGGUCAAGAAGCACCAGAGUCUGGAGCAGGCACUUGAAGAUUACGCCCAGACCAUUCAUCAGCUGGCCAACAGCAGUCGCCUCAUGGUCACUAGUGAACACCCAGAGAGUGAAAGAAUCACCUUACGACAAGCACAAGUUGACAAGCUGUAUGCAGGCCUGAAAGACCUUGCUGAGGAGCGUCGCGGUCGGCUUCAGGAGAGGCUGCGGCUGACGCAGCUGAAGCGGGAGGUGGAUGAUCUGGAACAGUGGAUUGCUGAGAGGGAGGUGGUUGCUGGCUCCCAUGAACUAGGACAGGACUACGAACAUGUCACAAUGCUGAGGGACAAGUUCCGGGAGUUUGCUCGUGACACCAGCACCAUCGGCCAGGAGCGUGUAGACGGUGUAAAUGGGUUGGCAGAUGACCUGAUUGAGUCGGGUCAUCCUGAGAACGCCAGUGUCGCUGAGUGGAAGGAUGGUUUGAAUGAGGCCUGGGCUGACCUGCUAGAGCUGAUUGACACACGCACACAAAUGUUGGCAGCCUCCUAUGAGCUGCACCGCUUCCAUCAAGAUGCCAUGGAAGUGCUUGGACGUGUUAAGGAGAAGAGGGAGGCACUGCCUUCAGAUCUUGGCCGUGAUCUGAAUACUGUCCAGCAUCUACACAGACAGCACAACACGUUUGAACAUGACAUCCAGGCCCUCAGUGGACAGGUGAACCAGGUUCAGGACGAUGCAGCUCGGCUGCAGAAGGCCUACGCUGGUGAGAAAGCUGAUGACAUUCACAGGAGUGAACAUGCAGUGACUUCUGCCUGGGAGGGUCUGCUUGAGGCUGGUCAGGCCCGCAGGCUCCUCCUGCUGGACACAGUAGAGAAGUUCCGCUUCUUCAACAUGGUGCGAGACCUCAUGCUCUGGAUGGAUGGUGUCAAUCUGCAGAUUGAUGCACAUGACAGUCCCAGGGAUGUAUCCUCUGCAGGAUUGGUCAUUGCCAAUCAUCAAGACAUCAAAUCAGAGAUUGAGACCAGGGCGGACAGCUUUACUGCCUGUACUGAGAUGGGAAAUACUCUCAUCAAUAAUAAUCACUAUGCAGCUGAUGAGAUCCGAGAGAAACUGGCUCAGCUCCAGGAAAAGAGAGAUAAGAUCAACAAAAAGUGGCAAGACAAGAUGGACCAUUUACAAAUUGUGCUGGAGGUGUUGCAGUUUGGUCGUGAUGCCUAUGUGGCAGAGUCAUGGCUGGCAGGGCAAGAACCUCUGGUGCGAGCAGCAGAGCUUGGCUCAAAUGUGGAUGAGGUAGAGAGCCUAAUUAAGCGUCAUGAGGCUUUUGAGAAACUUGCUGCAGCUUGGGAAGAGCGCUUUGUGAGCCUGGAGAAACUCACCACACUUGAGGAACACGAGAUCCAGAGGAGGCUAGAGGAAGAGGAGAGAGCACGGCGACCACCUACACCACCACCAGCAGAAGAAGUGGCACAAUCUGAGACAGAAAGUCAAGCACAUGAUUCUGCUGCCAGAACCAGUCUGGACCAGACUACACUCAAUCAGUCAGUGUCAGUGAAUGGCGUACACAGUGACAAUGACACAUCUCAGCAGUCAAUAUCGCUAUCGUUGUCAGUGGGAAAGAAAUCAGAGCCUAAACGUGUGUGUAAGCCAAAGCAGCCGGAGCGUGGCUCGGAGUCUGAGUCAGUCAACGGACCAGGUAGAGACAGCGGGUUGGCAUCUUCUCGCCUCGAGCCGUCUGCCACGUUACCAAGCAGAGGCGGAGCUGAGUCUGGGCCAGAGGCCAUGGAGGGAAUGCUCUGUCGAAAACAGGAGAUGGAGUCCCACAGCAAAAAGGCAGCUAGCAGGUCCUGGCAGAAUGUGUACUGUGUCCUAAGAAAAGGAAGUCUUGGUUUCUAUAAAGACAGCAAGAGCGCUAGUAACGGCAUUCCAUACCACGGAGAGGUACCCAUCAGCCUGGGAGAGGCUGUGUGUGAAGUAGCCCACGACUAUAAGAAGAGGAAACAUGUAUUUAAGCUCAGGCUAGGGGAUGGGAAGGAGUACCUGUUCCAAGCAAAGGAUGAGGCGGAAAUGAGCUCCUGGAUUCGCUCCAUCCUCGUUUCCAUUCCAUCAGGGUCAGGGGACUCGCCCGGGGGUCCGCGGGCCCUGAGCCGUGCCAUGACGAUGCCUCCCAUCUCCCCCAGCGCAGGCGACGCUGGAGGCGUCACCAUGCGCAACAAAGAGGGGAAAGAGAAGGAUCGUGAGAAGAGGUUCAGCUUCUUUGGCAAGAAGAAAUAGAACACUUGUAAAAUUAUCGGUGGAAAACGCAUUUGUCACAAUUUCAACAGACUGAGGCAGACAGUAAUGAAAGUACAAACCAGUCAUACAAACACGCUGCUCUCAGUGCAGGCCCCUAGGAAUUUGACAGCUACAUCACGUGGCUAACAGAAAACGUGUUAUUUUUUCUCUUUAUUUCUGAUUCUCUCCCUCGCUGGUUUUAUCUGUCAUUUAAUUUUUUGUUCAUCCAAUCCAUAUUUCACAUUUAGCUGCACCAAACAACGAAAGCCGUCAUCCAGUUUUAGACCGUUUCAGACCCGCAGAGCUCAUUAGCCCGAGUGAGUAACAGGCAUGGUUGGCAUAUGCAGGAAUCCAGGCCCGACUCAGUUCCAGUCCAACAAAUUGGAUCUUCUUCUGCAGGAAUAUUUCCUCCUCAGUGAGUCUUGACUAGUUGAGCCCGUCGUGAUGCUGUGCCUCUAAUAAAACGAUGGAUGGUGGCUUUCCGCUCUGCUGCGCUCUGGUUUCAUUUCCCCUCUUUCAAACGUUCUCUUUUGGGAAGGAUCACAUCAGUCUCUUUUUCCGUUCUUGGUAUUGAUGUUAUUAACCUGAUUGAUAUUAUUAUAAUUAUUAUUGCUAUUUAUCUUUUGCAAUUGCUGGUUUGAGAAGACAAACUAAUUAAUUUGACAGUAGAUAACCUUGAUUUAUGUUGUGGAGAGAAACAAAUUUGGUUAAACUAGUGGAGAAUGUUGGGCUUGCCCUUGUAUGUAUUGUUUUUUUUUUUUUAGGAAUGACAGUUUCUGAGGUGUUUUGAGAAGAAAAUAAAGCUCCUUAAAUUUUAGCAGUGUGCAGUAAGUGAUCACAAGUUUCAUUGGGAAAAUGAUAUAUAUAUUUAAUAAGUGGUUUUAUCUUUUUUUUAUCUUUAAUUUUGCCUGUAUUGAUUAUUUCUUUUGAGUGAUCUUUUCUGCUUGAUUUUCAACUUUCUUUUUUUUCUGUACAAAGCAGAGAAGAUUAGUUUUCUAGUGUGUGCGUGCGUGCGUGUGUGUGAGUUGUGGUGCUGUGGAUUUUGCAUGUUUAUGUUAUUCCUGAUCAAACGUGGCCAGAUGGAUGCUGCUUUUUCGGUACUCAAACGCAGACGAAAAUCAGACACAAACACAGAAUAAUAUUGCUGGAAUGAUUUCAUAAAAUUUGCUUUUCUUUUGGUUUGAAGUACGUGGAAGCUGACAUUACCAAUGACGUUUCUCAAGACGGUUACCAUUUCUCCUUCAGUAUCUCUAACAUCUAUUUCCGUUCUCUCUACCUGCUGGUGUGAAGACAUGGGGGCAGCUUGUAGAUUAAAAGCUGAAGCACAUUUUUUUUUUGUGGAUGCGAGCAAAACAGAUGGACAGCUGACAGAUCUAAUUACAGGUGAAGUGGGGGGGUGUGGAAGUGAGAUUGGAUAGACAGUGAAAAACGUGCUUUAUGUGCUUUCUGACAGAGAGAUAUGAGCCUUACUUGAACCCACUUCAGAUACACUGAAUCCUUUUUUUCUACAAGCCCACUCUCCAUUCAAACAGUCUCCAAGAAAGUGAUCUUGGUGCAAAGAAAAGAAUGUUAAAAAUGUGCCCUGUGGCAAUGACCUAAUGUAUGUCAGUGGUUUAUAUAUGCAGGUACAAUAGGAUUAAGUGCAGAGAGCUCUGCUCAGGAGUGGUGGCAGAGAGGGAAAAGUCCUCAGUUCUCUUCUAUGAGCUCGGCUCUCUUGCAUAUGUGGCAUGACUUCAUGUAUACUUGUGUGUGUCCAAUCAUUGCCAUCUAUUCUCUGCUGUGUUGAUGUACUCUGUAGACAUGAGAUCACUUCAUAUUCAGGAUUGAAGAGCAACUAAUUUUAUGUAAUUGGCUGUUAGAAUGAAACAAGAUAAGCGUAUGUAAAAAUGAUAAGUGUUUGUUAGUUUCCUCAAAUACUGUACCUGUUAAAAUAAAAAGAACAGCUACAGUAUAAUGUGAAUGUAGACAGUACACACACAAAUAUCUCAAACUGGUUGUUAUAGUCACUUAAAAGUGUUAAUUUGCUGUUUACAAUUCAAGAGUUUUAUGGGCUACCACAAAACAAGUUGGCUGCGAGCGAUUAUUUGUAAUUCUUGGCAUUUUGAUAGUAACUCUUUAAGGCUGGUAAUUGCCAGGAUGUGCAUGUCAUGCCUUGGAGGAGUGAUUAGUUCACAGGAAUGUCACACCAAAACUGUUGAUGCCACAAUCAACUGGAAAUUUACACAGGUCGGCCUUACGUUGCAGUCCCAAAUAAAUACGGUACUGCGAAAGUCAGAGAGGAGAAAUAUGUCAACAUCCACUUUGAGACUAUUGAACUGGGUUCAGUUAAUAGCACCUGGUCCAAACUUGUCUCUGUCUGUGGCACUUUUGCAUCCCGGGUGUGUCACAGAGCUCGACUGAACUAGGAUCUGUGGGCCAGGUCAGCAAGGUCACUGCAUACAUAAGUGAGCCAAUGCAGUUUGUGAACAUUGUGCACAGUUUUGAAUAAAGGAGUCCUUCUUCCCCCAGUGGAUGAGCUGUUUUAGCGACUACUGCUUCUUUUUCUCCGCCCUGGACGCCUAACGCGGCGUCCAGCUGAUGCUGGGUGGUUCAAGUUCAAAGUGUAUUUUCUUAUCAGCUCAUUUGAAUGUGAAUGAUUCAAAUUAGUUUGGCCAAAUUGGUCAUGUGAAGCAAAAAUAUUUCUCAUACUUGAUAUACUGUACACAAGCUCUCUCUCUCUCUCUUUCUCACACACUCUCACAUUAAUACUGUACUGUAUAUUCAAUGCAGAAUGACCCCGGCAAUCCAGUCUUGUGGGAAUGUCCUCAGCUGGCUGUGAUUCGAUGUUGCAUAUGGCAUCCUUUUAAAAUAACAUUGUGCUACUGGUGAGCUUUGACCAGAACAUGGAAAGUAUGUAUUAUUGAUGUCAAAGAUAUAAGUUUUUGGUUCUAAGAGUACUUGUAACAAUGCAGUACUUAAUGAAGAAAAAACAACUUUUACUUGUUAAGUAUUAGAUAUGAGUGAACAGACUGGUGACAAUUUGAGCUUCCUUUUUUAGAUGAAGGCAGGAUAUUUGCUGUCUAGUGGGAGCUUGUAUUUUUUCAUCCAGUGGUCUGUCUCGCGGCAUUUGAUAAGCCUGUCCACCUCCCUUCAUUUCUCAUUACUUUUGACGAAUGUCUGUUCCUUCCUCUGUAAUUCAGAGUUGUUAAUACCACUACUAUUAUUAAUUGCUAUUAUUAUCAUUAUUGCUACUGUUGUUACUAUUACUACUACUGUUACUAAUGCAAGUUAUUGCAAAAACUAUAACUGCUGUUCAUUUUCAGGUACGUGUCUGUAAUACCAGACCCUUCCACACGAUGUCAGUGUGCUGUGGAGCAUUUUCAUUACAAAUCGAAGAUAAUGUUUGUUGACUUGUGUAUCUACAUCUAAUAUUAGGAAUAAUAAAACAUGGUUUAAUCAAGAA